CUCGUAAAAUACGCCAGUAGGCUGUUUGGGGCGGUUGUGGCAGACGGUUACUGAGAAGCUUCAAGAAUGGAUAAAUCAUUGGGGACUGAUGACUUGGAGAUGCGUCUCCGGGCGCUGGAGAGCCGUAUCCACGGCGAAAGGAGAAACAGAAGUGCCAAACCUGUCAAGUGUGUAGAGUCUUUGGCCCGGAUUCAGGCAGGUCUGAGCAACACAGCCAACAAGAGGGAACGAGUAAAGAUCCUGCAUAAGAAGAUUGAAGACUUGUUGAAGUACCUGGACCCUCAGUUCACUGAUCACAUCACUGUACCUGAUGCCAUGAAGCUGGAGUUCAUCCUUGCUGAGGAGGACUUUCUGCUUUCUCAAGCUUCUUUGCUCGAGCAGGUCAACAACCUGCAACCACUCUUGGACAGCAAUUACAUCAGAGAUGUACCUGAACACGCCACCAAGCUGCAGCGACUGUCACAGAUUCAUAUCAAACAGCAGGACCAAACUGAGGCUCAGUCCCAGGAGGUGAAGAAACUUUUUGAGGAAUACAACAAAAUGAUGUUCCUGCUGUCCAAGCAGUUCACGCAGUGGGAUGAGACCCUGAGGAAGCUGGAGGAGGCUAAAGGAAUCCGACCUGUGGAGUAGUUACAUGGACACAUUUCUGAAGAGGAUGGUGACGAUGAAGACGACUGCACUACAGUGGGAGCUUUAGAUCAGAAAGGUGUUACACGUGUAGCUUGUUCAGAUGAAAAAUGAGACAUAAGCAUAACAUUUCACUGAUUUAGUUUUUAAUUGCUGAUCGGUUUGUCGCCAUUUAAUUAAAUCAGGUGAUAGAACCUUGAUAGAAUUUUCAGUGUACUGUAUCUGGCACAGUGUCUAUUAUUGUAGUUAUAUGCUGAUAUGUCUCCCAGCUGUUGGUACCCCCCCACCAACCAACCAAGACAGACGGUAAAACCUUAAACAUAAAGACUGGAGGAAGUGUAAAAUAAAAAGGAACUGGGUCUUGAAUGACUCUUAAUUCAUCAUCUGGAAGAAUUGACUCCCAUCACCAGCUCUGAGAAGCUGCUGUUAUUUAUUGUCAGACAACAGGGCUAUUUAUGUUUUCAUUUUGACUUUACUUACUUAACUUUAUGUAAUGCAUUCCAACGUUGCCUCCCUGCUGCAAGCUGAUCACAAGACUUGUUUUUUGUUGCUGCACACACAUAUAGUCCGAGCUUUAGAUUUUCCUUCUGGAGGCUUCCAGAAGACCUUGAAUUAGAACUCUUAAAUAUAUCUCAUUUGGCACACAGCAUGACUCAGUUAAUACAAUAAAUAUACUUUUCACCGACUA